UCUCGCUCCUGCCGUCAGUGACGCGCUGAUAGAAAGCGGGACCUGCCCUCCGGUCGCCAUUUUUCGACCUCAGUACUUCUGGUAGCCUGUGCUAGUGGGGACGAGCGGAAAUAAGGGAAAGUAUAAAAUAAAGCAAUCGUUAAGCCGAGAUCCCUUGUGAGCGGUCGGGGAUGCACGCGACAGCUCCCGUAAACGGUCGUGGCUCCUGAGAUGCACGCGCAAGAGACGAGUCGCUGCCCUGAAAUCAUUUUUUUGUGUGAAGACGUGUUGCGAGCCGCCAUUUUUCUGCUGUGUUGCCUCAAAAGUCUGCUCCGACUCGAGAAAGGGGAUUCGAAAACGCGUUUCCAUGAAGUGUGUAUCGCCGUGAGCUCCGCGGGAUUUCGGCUGAUAGUUUCGUGACCUGCCGUGGACCUUUGUGCACAGAUGAGGGAUUAUCAGAUGUAAGAAAAAGGAAGAAGAAGGGGGGAAAGUGAGGCCACAUUUUCCGCUCUUAGAACUGACACUGACUGGAGGAGAUACAUUUAUUAGAAGAGAAGAUUUGGUGUUUUCUCGGAAGGCGGAACGAAAAGGGGAAGCUUCAUUGAUCGUUUGUUGCUCUGGCCCUCCGUCAAUGGUAGCCUGUCGUAAGUUUGCUCGUUUUUCUUCUGUUAUUUGGCCCCCUUUUAACAACUGCUCGGCCGCAGCCUGGACUGCUGCUGAACACAGGGACAACAGUAUGCUCCAGAGUUGGAUCAAGUCACUGGCAGCCUGCAUCUGAAAGGAGAAAAAAAAGAAAACAAAAACGCCAAGCUGUUUUUGUUUUUCUUAAACAGAUUUUUUUCGGUGCCUGAGGCGUUUUGUGAAGAAAUCACUCGGAAACUCCUUCCAGAGCGACGAGUGCCCUGCCCUGAGUCUUCCAAAUCCUACAGUUUGCUGUGAUUGGCCAAUUGGAACCACGCAUACAGCUUUUAACUUAUUGCCUAGCCAAUCCUGUAGUAUUUUCCUUUCUAUUAUUAUUAAUAUUAAUUUGUAAGCCACAUUAACUUAUUUUUGAACAGAAAUGUCAACUGCUCGAUUUGAUUCCUCUGAUCGGUCCGCCUGGUAUUUUGGACCCGUGUCACGACAGGAGGCACAGAAUAGGUUACAAGGACAGAGACAUGGCAUGUUUCUUGUUCGAGACUCGUCGACCUGCCCCGGCGACUACGUACUGUCGGUGUCGGAAAACUCCAAAGUGUCUCACUAUAUCAUCAACUCUUUGCCCAGCAAGAGGUUCAAAAUAGGGGAUCAAGAGUUCGACCACCUCGCAGCUCUCCUGGAGUUCUACAAAAUCCAUUACUUGGACACGACCACGCUGAUAGAGCCAGCCCCCAGGUAUUCAAGUACGCCGAGUCCUCCUGUCCAGCCCAUGGUUGGAGCAGAGGAGAAUCUGGAGUAUGUGCGGACUCUGUACGACUUCACCGGCAGCGAUGCUGAGGACCUUCCCUUCAAGAAGGGGGAGAUCCUUAUCAUCCUGGAAAGACCGGAGGAGCAGUGGUGGAGCGCCAAGAAUAAAGAUGGACGUGUUGGGAUGAUCCCUGUGCCCUACGUAGAGAAAGUGGUACGACCUUCACCCCACCCUGUCCAACCUUCUCAUGGAUCGCGAAACUCCAACAGCUAUGGGAUCCCUGAGCCCUCCAAUGCUCUUGCUCAUGCCUAUGCCCAACCCCAGACGCCUUCUCCAAUGCCCAACGCACCUGGAGCAGUUAUCGCUCCGCUACCGUCCAUGCAGAAUGGCCCUGUCAUGGCGAAAGCCAUCCAGAAACGAGUGCCCUGUGCCUACGACAAGACUGCUCUUGCUCUAGAGGUUGGUGACAUUGUCAAGGUUACGCGGAUGAACAUCAGCGGUCAGUGGGAGGGAGAGGUGAACGGACGGAGGGGUCUCUUCCCGUUCACCCAUGUCAAAAUCAUAGACCCCCAGAAUCCAGAGGAGAGUGACUGACCUAGGCGUUCAGCUGAAGCCUCUCUCCCGUAUCGCCGAGUACCCGAAUCUGCUGGCUGUCUCCAUCUUUUCCUGCCAGUGUCACAGUUAUGUGCUUGCCUGCUUGGGGCUGUACCAUGAUAGCAACCCCCCUCCCCCUUUCCUGUUGUUGUUGCCAGCCAUUGCAAGGCUUUCUGACUGUUUACAGCUUUGGACAUUAGAUCCAAACUAAAACCUGACCCCACUUUCCCAGGUCCCUUUUCCCUUAUCUUUGUUCCAGGCUGGGUGGCAUUUUUGCAUUAGUGUUCUUUUCAUUUCCAGAUCACUGGGCAUCAGACUGUGUGUGUGGGUAUGUGUGUGUCCACAAUGGAUAGUUAGCAUAUAACAUCACGUCUUUUAAAAAAAAAAAAAAAAAAAGGAAAAAAAGUUUUCUCUUAAUAUUUGUUAUGUUUGACGUCUUUGGGACUUUCGGAAGUGUUGAUGUAUGCUUGUUUUGUUGAUGUGAGAAUAUUUUUAUGAAAUAGGGAAAGAAAGAAUUAUCCCUAUGGACUAGGGAGAGCACUGAGGCAAUGAGGAGCUAACCAGCCAGUCAUGUUAUUUCUCCAAACAAUCAAGUCACUGUUGUACCUUAACCAUUGCACAAGCACACACUUGUACACAUUGGCCAUGAGUUAUUCAGGUAGACAGAUUUGUGUGUGUGUGUGUGUGUGUGUGUUACAGAUUAGCAGGAAGUAGAAAGAGAUGGGGUGUGUGGAGGAUUUGAGUUGGAACAUGGCACGGUAGAUCUCAUUAUCCCAUCCAUUCUACAUCCUGACUGGCUGAUAGCUUAUUUAUCUUAUGUUACUAAGACAUGACACGGCCAUGUGACUUCAUCAUAAUUGUUGCUAUUUUCUAAAUCAUUGUCCAAUGAUUAAUUUUAUUUUUUUGUUUGGAUUUGUUGACAUGGAUAGUGGGGUAACCUUGCAUCUCCACGUUGGUGCCUCUUUACUUGCUUGGAGAUCAUUGAAGACUAAGACACAUUUUAGAUUAUAUGCAUUAGGAGUGCCAAGCUUUGAGCAGGGUUUCUAAAGCCAAAUAGCAACAGCCCUGGCGAGCACUUUCCACAAGCAUCUGACUACAAGGCUAAACAUACUAAAAACAUAGUGUCCACACAGUGUGGGCAUGAGGACUUGAAGCCUUUCCACUGAGAUGAAGAACUCAGUGGCGUAGGUCGGGGAAGGAGGAAUGUCUGAGCAAGCCAAUGAGAUCCCAUCAAUGCCUUUUCAAAGUAAGACAAGUCUUACUUCUAGCGCAUGCAAUCCCAUCUCUGGCCCUUUAGUUUUUAUUGUGAUGAUACUCCUCUCAAUGUAGGAUUUUUAUUAACUUUUUUCAACCAGCUUUAUUCCUUGAGUAUUUUCGGUCUGCACACCAAUUAUUCUUCUCCUUCAUGCUGAGUAGUAGAAAGAAUCUCAUCACACCGUGCCACAGUCGAUUCUGUCGAGCCGAGGAUUAAACAGAUGUGCAAACGGUGCAGAACCCCAGGUCUGUGCUGUAAAAACUGAUCAAUCCCACCCCUGCCCAUCCUACCCCCCUCUGUCACUUCUUUUAGCGCUUUCUGUUAACAAAAGGAAAAGGAGAAAAUCAUUGCUCAGCAAACGACUUAGAAAUCUUUUAGUUGUAUCCCUGUUUUCCUUUUCGGUGAGUUCGUAGUAAGCUAUGAAAUCAAGUAUUUUUGUUAAUGAGUGAUGUUAUUAAAAGUAACCAUGGGUGACAUUUUAAAAAGGGAAAACGAAUAAAUGCCUGCUGGUUGCCUCUGUGCAUGACCUCUUAGCCAGGGAGAUCUUUUUUUUUUUUUUUGUUUGUUUUCCCCCCCUCGCCAAAUGCUGCUUGAUGUCAUUAAAUUCCUCAUUAAAUAAAAGUUUCUCGUUUAAUCCCACCUGCUGUGUACAGACGCACCGUGUUGGGGUUUUCCUUGUCAAGCUUAAUGAAAUCUUACUAAUUAAGCAAUACACUCUGAUAAUUUCCCUUUGAGAUGAACUUUGCUUUUUCCUCAUGCUUCUGAGUUAUUUUGUAAUGGCAUUAACAGUAUUACUGUGCUCUCUUCACAUAUUUUAGGAAAGCUUGUCUUUUACUUAAAAAAAUUGAAAGAUUGUGCCUUUUAUUUUCUUAUGCCAUUUACAUGUGUUAAUAUUUCCCAUGGUUAACACCUGUGCUGGUAAAGACCCUUUAUGUACAUAACAAGUAAAUAAAAAUGUUUACUUCUUUAA